GGACAGUGUUUUGGUUUUUUGCGCAACAAGACAUUAAUUUGUGUUUGUUGUUAUUCGGUUUUGAGAGGAGAGGUAAAUGAUUUUGGCAACAAUUAAAACCGCUGUAAAAACGUUAAUCUUCCACUUUAUCUUUUUGGCUUGAGAUUCUUCACACAAUUUAAAAUGGCGAAUGGAAGAAGGUAUUCUUGGUUUCUUUUGGGAAUCCUUUUUGCUUCUGCUACAUGGAUGGUCAGCCUGUACCUAUAUACCCAUCUGAGUCAGUCGGACCGUACAAACUUUUUAAGCACUGUCUCACCCUCAGGUCUCAAUUUACGGAAAGUAUUUCUCAACGAGUCAGACCAGGUGUUAUGGAGUCCAAUUGGUGCCGAAAAUCAAGUUUCUAACAUUUUAGAGACUAAUAAAGACCUUUUACCACAACUGCCUUACGAAAGCAAAUGGUCUCCCAAUAAUGCGAUUCAAAACAAAGCAAAUAAAUAUGGUUACAAAAAUAGUGAUAGACUGCUUAAGAAAUUGAAGCCUGUCUUGCCUAAGAAUAAAUCUGAAAGUAAUAGUGUGUUAGAAGAGUUGGGCAUGGUGAAGAGUGAUGCAGACCGACAGCUUCGGGACAAUGGCUACAAGCACUUUGCUUUUAAUGUGUUGGUCAGCCAAAACCUAGAUUUGCAUCGGAAGGUCCCCGAUACUCUGAAUAAAUUAUGUCAAAGUAUUAAGUACAAGGAAAAUUUACCCACUGCCAGUGUUGUUAUUUGUUUUUACAAUGAGCACUACGAAACCCUUCUUAGAACAGUUCACAGUAUUUUGGAUCGAACUCCAUCUCAAUUACUUCAUGAAAUAUUGUUAAUUGAUGACCACAGUGACCUAGAGGGAGUACAUGACCGCUUACGAGAAUAUGUAUUAACAAAAUUUCCGGAUAAAGUAGUUUUAUUAAAGACUCCACAACGGGAGGGAAUAAUGCGUGCUAGAACAUUUGGAGCGAAGGAAGCCACUGGAGAUAUUUUGGUCUUUUUGGAUAGUCAUAUUGAAGUCAAUGAAGUUUGGUUGGAGCCAUUGUUGUCAAGGAUUGUUGAGAAAGGAGGCCCCAAUCGCACUGCCGUAGUGAUGCCUGUGAUCGACAUCAUUAAUGCUGAUACAUUUCAAUACAAUGCUUCUCCCUUGGUACGUGGAGGAUUCAACUGGGGUUUACAUUUCAAAUGGGAAAACCUCCCUCUUGGUACCCUUGCCAGUGAUCAGGACUUCGUGAAACCUAUCAAGUCACCAACCAUGGCAGGUGGAUUAUUUGCCAUGGACCGGAAGUACUUUUUUGACCUUGGUGCUUAUGAUUCUGGAAUGAACAUUUGGGGUGGAGAAAAUUUGGAAAUAUCAUUCAGGAUUUGGAUGUGUGGAGGUUCUUUAGAACUUAUACCUUGCUCUCGGGUGGGCCAUGUUUUUCGACGACGCAGACCUUAUGGGUCUCCUGAUGGUGAAGACACCAUGACUCGAAACUCUCUGAGAGUGGCAAUGGUUUGGAUGGACGAAUAUAAGGAAUAUUUUUUCAAAGAACGAUCUCACUUGAGAGAGUAUCCAUUUGGUGAUGUAAACGAGCGCAUUGUACUCCGAAAUCGCCUUAAUUGCCACAACUUUCAAUGGUACUUGAAUAAUGUCUACCCAGAACUUAUCCUUCCAAGUGAUGAUAAGAGUCGUUUGCAAAAGAAGUGGAAAGCUUUGGAAAGAAAACAGUAUCAGCCAUGGCAUUCACGAAAGCGCAACUAUAUCGAUCAAUAUCAGAUUCGCUUAUCAAACACCAGUCUAUGCAUGACAUCUGAAAAAGAUGUGAAGACCAAGGGUGCACGUCUUUUACUCAAAACUUGUAUGAGAGCACCAAACCAGUUAUGGUAUGAAACUGAUAAGAGUGAGUUAGUUCUGUCUCAACUAUUAUGUUUGGAGGCUGGAGACAAUUUCCCAAGGCUUUAUAAGUGCCAUGAGAUGGGCGAUAACCAGGAAUGGAAGAAAAGAGGACAUAAAAAGACACCAGUUUACAACUUAGCAUCUGGCUUAUGUCUUGCUGCACCAGCUGCAAGCAAAGGCCAGCUUCUCACUCUCGAAAUCUGUUCUAACAAGGGCCUUCAUGAAUGGGACCUUCUAUUAGUUUAGAUAUGAAGAGAAUACAUCAGUUUGCUGUGAAAAAGACUGAUUUAAAGCAUUCCUACAAGAAAUAUGUCUUGUCACAAUCAAUGCCUUGUCUUCUCUGUAGGACUGUGUGCUUGCAAUUUCAAUACUAUUGAUACUCAUACGCAAUGAUAUUUUGCACAUGUGUGCGUUUUUUAUCACUUUUUAAUUUUUAUAUAUUUUUGCCAUUUUCUUGUUUAUUAGUCAUAUUAUAAUUGUCUUUAUACAAAUGCAUUUUUUGUUUUUGUUUUUAUUGUUUUAGAAUCUUUUCACUUUACUAUUGAUAUUACGUUUUAUCAAUGUCUUGUUAUGUAUCCUUAUUGAAUCAAAGACAACCUCAUUUAUAUAUUUACAUGAUCAAUCAACAGCCGAAUAGGUAUUAACCAAUGAUGUAUUUAGGUGUGUUCACGCUCUCUUGGUACGUUAAUGCCCCUCACCCAUCAAUAGUGCAAGUAUUGUCUGUCUACGCCCGAAACACGCCGCAGCUAGCAAAUUCUGGCACGGAGCAAGCCUUUUUUGUGUGUGUGUUUGUUUUCCUUGGGUUUGACAAGGAGUGGUGAGGGGCCUCAACGACACAACAAGCGCAAACUCGCUUUUUAUAUACAGUAGUUCUUUACAGUCGAAAUACCCUGAAUAUGUUGGGACAGUCUUGCAAACACUGUGCAAUCUCGUUUUCUGUGUUAUGUUGUUUAAUUGAUGGUUGGGUUGUGAUUAGGUAGCGUAUCUUCUUUUGUGAUGAAUAUUUUUUGAAAAAUAUUGUCUGUGAAAGGUUUUAUUUUGUUGGCAGCUCUUAUUUUUUUUUAGUGUUUACUGUAUAUCUGUGAGGAAGCAACAUUGUAUUUUAGAUUCAUGACUUAGUCUGACAUGAUUACUGGGUAUUAUUUCAAGAGGAAAGUGAUGGACGGCAGUGUAUGUGCACUCUUUUAUUGAACUGAUUUGUUUUGAACAUACUCUUACAAAAAUAUAGAUACUUUAUAAUUUCA